GAAUUUAUUAAAAGAUUGAGUGAUUGUCUCAAUUUGUCUGAUGUUCAUAAUUGUAGCGAGUGUUUUUUGGCCCACUCUCACGAUAUACCAUGCCAAAACUUUGACGCAAACCUACCAGAAAUUUCUUGUUCAUAUCACAGUAAUGCUUCCGACUUUGUUGGUGUAUUAUGGAUAAGCGCCGCUUUGCCAGACAACCUACGAUUAGAAACUGUUCAAUUUGUAUUUUUCACUGCGACUUACGCUAUAAUUUCCACAUCGUCGCACCCAAUGCCAGGAGAAAGGGGCUGGCCAUUGCUGGCAUUUUAA